UAAUCAACCAAUGAGAGGCCGAGUAGUUACUAAUUUAUGCGACCCAACAAGACGACGCAAAAGGGUGUACUGAUCAAAAAUUUUGUGGCGGUCCGAGAGCUGUUACACCUCGAAAACCGGCCAGGGUCUGUAGCAGGGACAAUGGCAGCACAGCACUGGGAGUUACUGGGGAAGCUUCGCCGUCAGAUCACCGAUCUAGAAAAUGCCAUAUCUCGUAUCAACUCCGUCAAGAGGAACCUGCAAGCAAACUCUGCGGAGGUGAAGUCGCAGGUGCAUGCUGCUAUCAGUCGUCAGCUGGAGGCCCUGCGCAGCCGCGAGGUGUGGCUGCUGAACCAGGUGGAGACUCUCCAGCAUGCUAAGGAGGACAUCUUACACGGGCAGCAGACACAGCUCAGUGAGGCCCUUGGCGAGGCUCGUAACUGUGCCGACCAUGUGGAGGGCUGUCUGCGUGGGGACCAGGAGGAGAACUGUGACUCCGCCUGCAUCGAGAGAGUCCUCGCAGAGAAUCUCAACAAGCUAAAGGAUUUGAACAUGGAGCCAGAGGAGACCUCCUGCGUAGAAUUCUCUGCAGAUACGAGCUCCCUGCGUGAGUCCAUUCACCGCUUCGGGCGCGUGGACUGUAAGAACCCACGAGCCGAGGACCUGGUCUUCAGUACUGCUGGCCUGAAGGCUGCCAGUCUGCCCUCCCUGUUUGAGGAGUACGGAGACCAGGAGCACCAUGUGUUGUACAAGACUGUGGAGGACGCACGUCGGCAGCAGGGCCAGGAGGUGGUGCACCAGGCGCCGCUCCCAGACCUUAGGAAGGAAGACUGGCUGGCCCGAGGACCAAUCACAACACAGCCGCAGAGGAGCAGCGAGCAGGACGGCGCUUCUUUCCGCCCCAGGUUCGGCUCCCUGGGGAAAGUGAACAUCUCCACUGCGCCCAUGUGCAUCCAGGAUUGGCUGCUGCAGAUCCGCCACGAGGACGGGAACGGGAGCCACGGCACGUCCAUGGAGGAAGACGGAGAUUUCGUCAUGCUGGACGGGAAGAUCUCGUGCUCCCAGUCUGCACCAUCGGAGGCACAGGAGUCCAUCGAGAUGAUCGGCACUCCCGACAUUCUGGAGCAGUCCGACUGGCUGGCGAGAGACGACAAGACUUCAGACAGGCCUUACACCGAGUUUCCUUACUUUGAGGAGAUCAAGGAGAUGAAGGAUUGGAUCUUGAGGUACGAGGAAGGAGUCAAGUCUUCUAGCUGCUGCUGCGCUCCAGAGGCCUCCGAUGGUGCCAUGGAGAUAGAGAACCUCGGCCAGCUGUCCUGCAAGAAGGGGUCCAUCCACAAGUACUUCCGUGACGUCCCUUCUGCCAAGGAGGCUUGGCUGAUGAAGCACGCUCCUCAGGACGUCCAGUCCCUCUGCCGUGCCAACGAGGUGUGCCCGUCCUUCAGCGACUGUGUGUGCGACCUGAACUGCCAGCAGCAGGCUCCUAACGACACCGAGCAUCUCCACCAGUAUUUCAAGCUUGCUUCCAGCAAGGUUACCGACUGGCUGAUGAAACCCAAGAACCCGUCCCUCCAGAAGGAGUUGGAUGAAUCACCUAUCUUCACCUACUUCCGCACUGUGAUCUCCGACCCUGUCUAUUGGCUUGCUGCAGGAGGGCAAAAGGCCGCCUCCGAGCCCCCAAAGCCGUCCCCAUUUGACGGUGCCUUUGCUGCUAUUACAGCCCAACCCUGUAGCUACUGGCUGGCCCACCGCGGAGAGUCGAAGAUGACCAAGGAGUGCCCGUAUCACAUCAUUUCGGAGGGAUUCUCCCUGAAGGAUGAAGGCACAAAGCACUGGCUGCUUCCUAUGGAGGGCAAGGAAGAAGACUCAACUCUCAGCCCACUCAUCGCCUGUGUUGUUGAUGGCUUCAAGCAGAUCGAAUCUCAGCCACAGAGUGUUUGGCUGGCAAAGGAAUGUCCAGCUAGUCAGGUUCAACCACCCAACAAACCACAGGUCCAGGCAGGAGAGGGAGAUGCAGUACAGUUUGUCUUAGAUGGUUUGCAGCAGCUGCUCAUUCAGCCAAAAGAGGCCUGGCUGUCACGCCCAGCUAAAGAGGAAGGCAGCACCCAUGGAAGUGCAAUCAGCAACAAGGGAUGGCUGCACAGGGGAAGGGAAGAACACCCGCAUACAGAAACUGCAAGUAUGGCAACAGAGAAAGAGCUCGGGUAUGAUCCUGAAAAUGCAGCAGUCCAGAUGGCACUGGGGGGCCUGGAGCAGUUUAUGACCCUCGGCAAAGAGGCGUGGCUGGACAGAGGGGCGGCCAAACCAGCAGUAGAGAAAGACGAGACCAUGACAACUGAUGCAGACAACAGUACAGAAGAGGAACUCGGAUAUAACCCAAACAAUCCAGCUGUGCAAUCCGUCCUGGGAGGUCUCAAGCAGUUUGAGGCACUCGGGAAAGAGGCAUGGCUGAGGAGGGCCACCCCUCCAACCGAGACCAAGAAAGCCAGCUGCUCCACCAAGGUGGAGAAGAUCAUGAAGGAGGUGGAAGAAAAGGUGCAAGACGACUACGACCCUGAAAAUGAGAUGGUGAAGGUCGUUCUGCAGGGGUUCGAACGUAUCCAUGCCAAAAGGAAGGAGGAAUGGUUGGACAGGGGCGACCGGGAGGCGACCAAGAAGAGCAAAGCAGGGCCAUCAGACACGUCCUCUGGCAAGUCUCCCUGGCUGCUACACCAGAAGGAUGAGGCGAGUGUCCAGUCAAACAGUGAUGCAGUGAAAUUUGUCCUGGGUGGAGUCAGCCAGAUCCACAACAUGGACAACAAAUGCUGGCUGGACAGGAGUGGAGAGUCCCAGCAGCCUGUUGUGAAGAACUCCUGGAUGUGGAGGGGUGACCAGGACCUGGCCCAAUGGCUCGCUAAACCUGCCAGCAAGUAGUGACCACUGGUACCGACAACAGAUGGCCAUGCCAUGGGGACAUCACCUACACCAUGUUAUCAUCUGUAAUUUACUCUCAUCAUAUCUCUGGGGCAACCAUAGUUGUCCACAUCUGCUGUCUCCAUGGCUACUUGUUACCAUGGAUACCGGUGCUGAUGUGAGACACUCGGUGCCUUGCUGCUUGCAUAGAAGUUGUGUAGAACAAUUUUUGAAUGUUACCCAGUGCUUUUGCAGGGAGUAAUGUCAACAACAGUACUUAUUCCUCUAUAAUUGAAGGCUUCAAUGCAGUAAAGAUACAUGAUGAAAAACUGAAAAUUUUAUCAAGUUAAUACCUGUGUUUUAAAAGAUGUAUUAUAAAGUAUGAUUAUGGUCUAUGGUGAAAUGGAACUCCUACUAUCCUGAACUGCUGCUUUGGACCAAUGUUACUAUGUCAUCCUAGUUAUUGUAUAUCAAAAGCAAAUCUUCAUGAAGAGAUUAUUGAUUUGUCUCAUUGAUAAGUAAUAGAUAUUGAUAUCACAGCACUUGCACUGUGUAUUGUUGAUUUAAGAUUAUAUUUGGAGCAUCCAACAUUAUAUCAUAUCACAGACAAUGUUAGCUUUUACGUCUUAUAACCACUUUUGGCAAUGACCUUUUGUGUUUCUCAGGCAACUAUAUGUGAUUUUGGAAAUGAUCAGACGUUUCAAAUAACAUGCGUUAUAUUUCAUCAUUGACACUGACAGAAGAUAAUGAGCUUCAUAUCGUUUCCAAAAUUACAUCCAGUUUCUUGAGUAACUGCAUUUUGGCAUAUCUUAUUACCUGGAUUUCUAACCUUCAUUGAUGGACCUUGGUGUCAUUUAAGACAAUUGUCUUAACAGAAGUUAACCACAUAACCACAAAGUCUAGAUAAAUCAGAAAAGAGCGGAUAAGACAGAUGUAAUCUUUCUUAAAGAAUAUAUGUAUUCUUAGAAUACUUUUAUUUCACUUGAUGACUUAGAAAUGUCAGAUUCACCUACACUAUCUGCUCUUCUUUGUAAGUUGAGAUGCCUUUGAAAUAAAAAUAAACAAGAUUGAGUUAACUAUUUGGAAAAAGCAAUAAAUGGUGUAAGGGA